UCAUGUGAAAUUGACCAAUGGGCGUAUAAAAAAGGCCAGCCAGUCGUUUUCAUUCACUGCAUUCAGAUGUAAAUCUGGAGCGAUGAAUAGUAUAAUUCUUCCGAUAAUUUAGAUUCUUCUAUCACUUGUCACUUCCUCCAUUUUUUUUAAUUAAUUUUUAAUAACAAGUGAUACUUAUUGUACUACUUGUUAUAAAGGAGGGGGACUCUAUGACUGUAGCCGCCAGCGCCACCAGUAUCUGUAUCACUAAUAAUAAGGCCACCACCAUUGCAAUCGGUGGCGUUGGCGAAGACUCAAGAUUGGUGUCUUCAUCCCUCUCAGCCUCUUCUGCUUCAUUUUCAUCGUCGUCAACUUCAUCGUUUCGAUUCGGAUUAUCAUCAUCGAUUCCCUCUACACCGCUCCUAACAAUUCCAACUUGUGCAGCUUCCCGAUUGCAUCUGCUCCGCCUCCCUCCUCCUCGUCGAUGCUUUGCUAGCAUGGACAGUGGUGAAUUUCCAAGUCUGUAUCCAUUGCACCGGUGCAAAACUAUUUACCUGGUGAGGCAUGCUCAAGGAAUUCAUAAUGUGGAAGGAGAUAAGAACUAUAAAGCAUAUAUGUCUCCAGAAUAUUUCGACGCAUACCUUACUCCACUGGGCUGGCAACAGGUUGAUAAUUUGCGCAAGCAUGUACAUACAAGCGGGCUUUUGAAUAGGAUUGAAUUAGUUGUCACAUCUCCAUUGCUAAGAACUAUGCAAACUGCUGUUGGGGUAUUUGGUGGUGAUGGCUAUACAGACAGGAUGGAUACCCUGCCACUCAUGUUGGCAAAUGCAGGAAAUAGUCGGCGUGCUGCAAUUUCAAGUCUUAAUUGUCCUCCUAUUGUUGCAUUAGAACUUUGUCGAGAACAUUUGGUAGGUCCUUUGAAGGUUAUGUGUGCAACUUUUGAUUUUAAAUGUGAACAUUCUUGUGGUUGUGGAUAGCAUUCUGAUUUUCUUGGUUCAAGUCUGGGGUAGAAAGGAAGCUUUGAUUUAAUUACUAAGUUCAAAUACUUUAUUUUUUCUGGUGCUGUUGAGG